AUGUGGGGGCGCGCGGUGCUGGCGUGCGCGGCCCUGUGCGCGUGCGCGCGAGCCUGGCCCGGCGGGGCCGUGUGCGCGCGGCGCGUGGCGGGGGCGGGUGGCGCGCGCUACGUGGCCUUCCUGAGCGGCGGCGGCCCCGGGGCCGGGCCGGCAGCUCUGGUGGAGAGCGCCUGGACCGCGCGCGGCCGCCUCCGCGCCUGCUGGGCCCGCCGCGACCCGCGCCUGGCUCGCGCCUUCCGCGCCUCCUGCGCGCGCCGCCCGCCCGCCGCCCCCGGCGCCGCGCUGCGGCGGGACCUGGCCGCGCUCUGGCGCCGCCGCGCCGCCUGCGCCGACCCCGCGCCGCCGGCCAAGCGCCGCCGGCGGGGCUGGACGCUGCCCGGCACGCUGUGGUGCGGGCUCGGUGACUCGGCGGGGAACAGCAGCGAGCUGGGUCUCUUCCGCGGACCCGACCGGUGCUGCCGGGAGCACGACCUGUGCUCGGCGCAGAUCGCGGCGCUGCAGUUCAGCUACGGCAUCCGCAACUACCGGCUGCACACCGUCUCGCACUGCGACUGCGACGCCAGGUUCCGGCGGUGCCUGCUGGCUCUCAACGACACCGUCUCCAACCUCAUCGGCAUCACCUUCUUCAACCUGCUGGAGGUGCCAUGCUUCGUGCUGGAGGACAGCGAGGAGUGCGUCCAGUGGCACUGGUGGGGAGGGUGUGCGCGGUACGCUGUAGUGCCCCUGGCCAGGAUGGUGCAGCAGAGUCAGUACCAGCCCCGCCUGCCUGCGGAGGAGACGGGCGGCCCUGCGGGGCAGCCCCCAGCCACGGGAAGGAAAGCCUCUAGGGCAGGGCGCAAGCGGCUCCGGCAGGGACCGGAGCAAAGCCCUAGGCUCCGACAGGCGCAGAGACCUCUGACAGCCCCGCGGCUGCAGGGCCCACGCACAUUGUCCCCUGCGCCCACGGGGGGCAAGGCUGAGCCCGCAGCCGCCGGGCACCCGGCAGCGGGUGUGGGGCUGGAGCCCAGUCCCGCGACAGCGGUGGCUGUGUUGGAACAGGAGCUCGCUGGAGGAAGGCAAGUGCUGGGAGCAGCACAGCCAGCGCCUGGGGACUCGGCACAGCCUGCCUGCACGGCCCCCUCCCGUGAUGGCAGCCUCGGAUCCGGCUUGGCCGCGCAGCGGUGCAGAGGCACCUGGGCACCUGCCGUGGAGGGGUCGCGGCAGCGGGGCAGAGCCUGCAGGUGCUACAAGCGUCUGGAUAAGUGCGAGCACCAGGUUGCACCUCAGGAGGUGAAGUACCAGCUGCACAACGUGGGCACCCGGACCUUCUUCCACUGCAACUGCACUCGCAGGCUGGCACGGUUCCUGCGCAGGGCCAGGGACCUCGGUGAGGCGGAGGUGGCCGUGCUGGCCGACCGCAUUGCCACGGACUGCUUUGUGCUGGAGCCACACACCGGCUGCAGCCCGGGAGAAGGGUCACAGCACAGCUGUAUGGCAGCACCCCGAGCUGUCCCAGUCCCUGCACGGCACCUCCAAAAGAUCCUGAGGCACUGGGGUCCCCUGCAUGGCACCUCCGAGGCCAAGCACCCAGACUGGAAGACACAGAGCAGUGGAGGCACCCUCUACGAGCAAUGCCUGCGGCUGGCCCUGGAGCAGAGGCCGGGUGCUUGGCAGCAGGCAGUGCCCCGGUGAUGCCCGAGCUGCCUCCUGGGGGAAGAUGUGCAGUGCUGCAGCCACCGAGGGGAGCUGCUGCAUUUCUGGUCCUUGGAUGGCACUAAGCAUGGCUGCUGGCAUGACUGCAUGGAGCUGGGGCCACACAGCUGGAGGGCAGACAAAGGGAUGGA